AUGAUAACGAGCCUGUCUCUUUGUCCACGUGCUCACUUUUUCACGGUUAUGGCCUGUUGUGUUGUGGCGUUUCAGCCACGCCUCGCCAACGAAGAUAGUUUCGCAGCAACGAACGUGUGCCUUCUUCCGAUGACUUCUGUGGCCACUUGCUGUGUAGAGUUGCCCACAACUGCAGAGCACGGGUUCCAUGAUAGCAAGCUCCGAUCUCGUAUGCUUGGUCAGGAGGAGGCUCGCAAGUCCUGGACGGCGUCGCUGGUCGCGCGAGGGGUUUGA